AUGGUCACAAAUCAGUUGAACCGUAGAGAUCGGAUGAUCGUCUAUGCGAAAAACAACAGAACUUUCUUACAAACCGCUUCCGCUCUGAAUAUUGCCUUCCUGAUCUCAGCUUUGGGUGAUAGACUAUGGAUGUUUGCAAUUGGCCUGUUUUUACAUCAACUCGGAGGAAUUACAUGGAUUGCUAUUCAUCAAUUGGUCGAUUCCCUCGCUAAAUUGAUCCUCACACCUGUACUAGGAUCACUUCUGGACAAAACCAAUAGGAAUAAAGGAAUGCAAGCUGUACUUCUCGUCAACAAUGUGGCCAUAUCUCUUUCUGCUUUUAUAUUCUUCCUCAAUAUGUCUGAAUCUCAAAGGUCUGAAGUUCAAUGGGUCAAAACACUCUAUCUACUUUUCGCAAUUAUGUUCGGAUCAAUUUCCCGAGUAGCUUCUGAAGCUCAGAAAACCGCCUUCACUAAGGACUGGAUUGUAGUUGUGAUUGCCAAAACAAGAGGCGCACGUUUAUCCACCCAAAACGCUGCCAUGACGGUAAUCGACCAAACGUCCUCGUUGCUUACUCCGCUCAUAGCUGGAGUUAUGCUUGACUCGAUGACUCGUGCCUGGUGUUGUAUCGUUAUCAUUGUUUGGAAUAUCGUGUCCUGGAGUAUUGAAGCUUUUUUGUUGCUGUGGAUCUACCGGCGAAUACCGGCUCUCGCUCAUAGAACUCGAAAUGACUCAAGAAGUAAGGACUCAUGCGUUGACGGAACUCCAUCACCUGUUGCUGCGUAUUCCGCGUACUUCCGGCAGAGUGCCUUCCGAGCUGCUUUUGGACUAGCUCUUCUGUACAUGACUGUACUUGGAUUUGAUAACUUAGCUCUUUCCUAUGGAGCUUCCCAAGGUAUGUCGGCAUCUACGCUUGGGCUUUUCCGUUCGAUCGGAUCUCUACUUGGGCUGCUUGGAGCUCUCUCCUAUACCGCAUUGGAGCGUUCGCUUGGUCUUCUUUGGACAGGCCUAAUUGGAUUGAUGCUCCAAAACAUUUUUCUGAACCUUUGCACCAUUUCAAUUUCAUUACCUGGAAGUCCUUUCAAUGCCACAGGUUACUUCUCAACGCUUACCACACUGAAGUGGGUUGACGGAGUACGAUCCACUGUCGUAGGUGGCUUGAACGCUACCGAUCCGACGCCUGCUCUACCCUUCUCCGAACUCAGCCCAUCAAUUAUAGUUUUCUUCCUCGGUAUAACAUUAGCUCGUUAUGGACUAUGGAUCGCUGAUCCGUCUAUCACCCAAAUUAUGCAGGAGACUAUUCCGGAAAGAGAGCGGUAUUCUGUCUUCGGAGUGCAGACGAGUAUAUGCGAACUGUUUUCUGUUCUAAAGGAUCUAAUGGUAAUUGCUUUUCCGGAGACGAGCUGUUUCGGUGUUUUGAUAACAGUUUCAUGUAUGUUCGUAUUCACUGGAUUCAUCUUCUAUUUUUCUUACUUCAUCAAGAGCACAUGUAAGAGAUCGCGGUGUCGAUCCGGUGAGACGGAAUUGAAAGACACUAAAUUACCGGAACAAGAACAUUUAGUCAAUAAGAAUCUGGUCGAAAACGCUUUAAUCGCUCCUGAUGUAUAG